AUGAUUAUUAUAGUUUAAAAAAAUUGAAAUUUAAUUAUAGAUUUGGGUGAAUUUUAUAAAUGGAUGAAUUAAUAUUUCUGUGCGUUAUAAUAUGAUGAUAUAAGAGGACGGAGAGAAUUUUUUUGUUUUCUCUACGCCAAGAUUGAAAUAGGGAGAGAGAAAAAGAGAGAGAGAGAGAGAGAGAGACUAUUCGAAAAGGACAAUUAGCGUGGGACUUGGAUAAACUAAAGUGUGUGUUAGUGCAAAUGAAUUCGGUGAAUAAUGUGAGCCACAUUGGUCGGAACCUUGUGCUUCCUGGACUUGGGCAAGCAAACGCAAAUGUAUAUCAGUCGUGAUGCGUUCCUUCAUUUAAAUAUGUUAGAAUGUGAGGCACUCUGCCGGAAGAAUCCUCACACGUCGAAUCGGUGUUGAUAAAAUUAAAUGAUGGUUCACGUUUCACGUCGACGAGAGUGUAAUAAAACUUCCGUCAGCAUGGAUGCCUGUAAACAUAGAGGGAUUAUCUAUGCUUACUUCGUCUGGUUAAUCAUCGACUACGUUGCUGCCGGUCGUAUUUUCGAUGUGACGAAUCCGCCGAUAAGAGAGAUCAUUGUCGAGGCGGGAAAAAACGUGACAUUAGAUUGUCCCGGUGUGACGGAACAGUCUCUCAUAUCAACGUUGGAAUGGCGUGCGAAUAGUGUGUUAAUAGUUGAAUACAGCAGUAGUAGUACAACGGUCUCAAAUCAUCGUGAUCGUGUCUCGUUUUUUCCAAAAAACUUCUCUCUACUGUUUCAUCCUGUGGCAUCGACUGACAGCGGGGACUAUCAGUGUGUUGUGAAUAACCGCAAAACACCGGAAACUAUAUUGAGGAUCAUCGUACAAGACGUACCAGAUGCACCUGAACGUCCAAUGGUGAAAUCGUUUACCUCACGUUCAGUUGAACUCUCAUGGGCUCCCAGUGCAAAUUUCCACAACAAUCCAAUUUCUCAUUACGUCGUGUAUGUUCGAGUUGGCGAGUCUGGCGAAUGGGAUGAGCAAAAUGGGAUAAAAACUCCAGACAACAACACAACCUACACCAUAAAAAAUUUAACGCCCUACACUGUUUAUAGUUUUCGAGUAUCAGCCGUCAACGCAAAGGGUCGAAGCAAACCAAGUCGUCCGACUUACUACAUAUUCACUCUACGUGAAGUUCCCGAAGGAAAACCUACAAUUACAUUGGCCCACAAUACGUCAGCCUCUUCGAUAUUUAUCGCGUGGAAACCACCAAAUCACGAUACGAUCCAUGGUGAAUUUCUCGGAUACAGAAUUUCUUAUCGGCCACGAAGCAACAAAGGCUACGAAGAUAUAGAGGAGAAGGAGAUUUACAUUCGAGAUCCCACUAUUGAGAGCCACACCAUCCACAACUUGGAAACCUACACCCAGUACUUAGUUUCUUUAGAAGUUUUCAAUCCAGAAGGUCGAGGACCACCUACUUCAGUUACUGUCACUACAGAUGAAGGGGUUCCGAGUAAACCGCUAUAUCUUAUUGCACGUGGAAUUACAUCCUUCACCAUAGACUUAUCGUGGUCCAAACCUGAGCACGCGAAUGGGGCCAUAUUAGGCUAUCGAGUUUACUACAUGUAUUCCAAUUUUACUGAUGUUAAAACGCACAAAAUUGCUGAAGAUGAUCCAAAGAGCAUCGAUUUUACUCUCGACAAACUUCUUCCUUUCACCGAAUAUAAUAUAUGGGUUAAAGCCUUCACGUGGAAAAAUGAGGGUGAACCGUCGGAACAUAUUAUGCAAAAAACCGAUAUUGCUGGACCAAUUCCUCCUGUUAUUCUCAAUCUUACUUGCCAAUCGGAGGAUGCAAUUUAUGUGCAUUGGGCUCGUCCUGCUACCUAUUGGAAUUCCGUCGAUUAUUAUUACAUAAAUUAUCGUACUGAAAAUGCAAGGGAUAACGAUGAAAUUGAACUAUCAACUGACACGAAUUAUCUGGAAAGCGGGACGACAAUCACAAAUCUGACAAUGAAUGCAAUGUACGAGGUCACUGUACAAGGAGCAACCAGAAGUGUAAUAAAUCCUUCGGACAUUAUUCGUGGGGAAACUACAUUGGCGAGAAAAGUUCUUCUUGCUCGUGAUUGUGACAAAAGUCCACCAUUGAUGAGACGAAGCAGCAAAGAACUAAGCGCUGGUGUUAUUGCCGGAAUGGUUUGCGCCUGUUUUGCCGUGAUGCUGGCAAUUACUUCUUUUAUUCUCUGGAGGCCAUGUGGUAGGCCCGUUUUCAGAAAGUGCUUUCACACUGCCUAUUACUAUUUGGAUUAUCCACCAAGGAAUGUUCCAACACUCCAGGAAUGGGAGAAUAGCGAACAGGAUGGCGAGAGAACAGCAGUUGCGGUACAACAUUUUGCUCAACAUGUUGCUUCGUUACAUGCCGAUGGCGACAUUGGCUUCAGCAAGGAGUAUGAUGUCAUCCAAUCUGACACUGGCGACUACACGGUCGAAAAUUCCCAAUUUGCUGAGAAUAAAGCAAAAAAUAGAUACCUUAACAUUCUCGCCUAUGAUCACAGUCGAGUUCAACUGUUGUCAUGUGGAGGUGGACCGCCAAAAAAGGGUCAGGAUUAUGUUAACGCAAAUUAUAUUGAUGGUUGGCAACGAGCUCGUGCGUACAUCGGUACUCAAGGUCCCUUGCCUCCAACGUUCGACGGCUUUUGGCGUAUGGUGUGGGAGCAACGAGUGUCCAUUAUCGUGAUGAUAACUAAUUUAGUCGAGCGCGGCCGUAGGAAAUGCGAUAUGUAUUGGCCUAAGGAGGGAACGGAAACCUAUGGUUACAUUCAAGUUAGUUUAGCGAAAGAAGAUGUCAUGGCGACUUACACGAUUCGCACUUUACAAAUUCGUCAUCUAAAGCAGAUUAAGAAAAAGAAAAACGGAAACAACAUGGCCGAGCGAACAGUACUUCAGUAUCAUUAUACUGGAUGGCCGGAUCAUGGAGUUCCCGAUCAUCCACUUCCAGUACUCAAUUUCAUUUGUAAAUCGUCAAAUGCAAAUCCACCGGAUGCUGGACCAAUUAUUGUUCAUUGCAGCGCUGGUGUGGGUCGCACCGGAACUUACAUUGUAAUCGAUGCAAUGCUGCGACAAGCAAAAAGUAAAGGUGAAAUUAAUGUGUACGGAUUUUUGAAACACAUUCGUACACAGAGAAAUUUUCUCGUACAAACUGAGGAGCAAUAUAUUUUCAUUCAUGACGCUCUUCAAGAGGCAAUUGAAAGCGGUGAAACAAAUUUAGAAGUUAAUAAUUUAGCAAAACACGUGCAAGAUAUGCUUUGUCCUUCCAAUAAUAAAACCAAUCCAUGGAAUAAUUUGGAAGCACAAUACAAGCUUGUAUCGUCUUGGAAACCAAAGGACUUUAAUUUAGUGUCGGCGACGAAGUCGUGUAAUAUUCAUAAAAACAGAAAUAUGGAAAUUAUUCCUAUUGAAAAUGCUCGCGUUCAUCUUACACCAAAACCUGGCGUCGACGGUAGCGAUUAUAUAAACGGAACGUGGGUUGCUGGUUUCCACCGGAAUCGUGAAUUUAUUAUCACUCAACAUCCCUUGGAGGACACGAUAAUGGAAUUUUGGCAAAUGAUGUGGGACCACAAUGCGCAGACUAUAGUCAUGUUGACGCAAUGCGACGAGGAAUACCCUGAAUUCUGGCCUAUUGAAGGAAAGGAUUUAGAAUCUGAGACAUUUAGAGUGAGAUUGUGUGGAAUUAAGGAGACAGUAAGUGGAGUAGUAUUACGAGAAGUUGCAGUACGAUCAUUGCAGGAUGACUACGAGCUAAGUGCCAAAAUUGUCCAAGGACCUUUAAAUCAAGGUGGUCCUUGGCCUCAUCAUAAUAAUCCAAAAGCUUUUGUCAGCGUCAUUCAAGAUUUUCAUAGAGAUUAUCAAAAUGGACCCAUCGUCGUUAUGGAUAGGUUCGGUGGUAUUGAAGCUGGUCUAUUUAUUUUACUUACAACACUUACCAAACAAAUUGAGUUUGAACAGAGCGCAGAUAUUUACAUGUUUUCCAAGCUUUUAUAUAUGAAGAGGCCUGGUAUUUUUAGGUCUUUGGAGGAUUACGUUCUGUUGUAUCAGUGCCUUGAGUCAAUGUUAACGUCGGAACCGCGAGUUGAGCCCGAUCUCUACACAAUGGCAAAUGGUCAUAUGACCACAGUUAAUGAAACCAAUGACAUAAGCUCAUUGGUAAUUGAUCCAAAAUUUAUUCCACGAAAAUUUCAAGUCUAUCGAAAACAUGUGCCAGUGGACCAAAACGGUGAAUAUAUUCCUGAUUAUUCAAUACCAAUUCACAUAAGUCACACGACGAACGAUGGUGUUUGUCCAACUAACGACGCUUGCUUAGUUCAAAGUGAUCAUGUACUGACAGAAAGUGCAUCGAUGCAAUUAUGUAAUGCAAAUUUCACGAGUCAUCCAGGCGCACCAAUUACCAUCGAUGUGAAUGGUUGUGUCACAACUAAUGGCAAUAUGCGAGUACCACCCGAAGGAAUGGAAGCCCAAUGCAUGAUGGCGCCUCAAUGAUGGAAUCCAAACUCCUUGCUUGCUAUCCAAAUUAAUUCGGAUAGUUCAGAGCAAAGAGUUUGUCUCUAAUCUUAUUCUUUUUUUUUUAAAAAAUCCUUCCGGGUCUCGGGAAUUUGCCAAAAUUAGGGCUAAUUUAUUCAAAGGAAUAAAAAAUGAACUUUAAAGAAACAGAAUGUGAAUAAUAGUGAAUAUUUCUGACUAUUUCGAAUAAAAACGACAUUUUAAAAUGCGAAUCCCUCUCGUGAAAUAAUGAAUUUUUUUUUCUUUCGCAAAGAGGGAUUUAUUGUAUAUAAAUAUAAAUAUAGAUUAAAAAAGAAAGUUUGAUAUAAUAAUCUCGAACUUUUAAAAAAGCAAUCGUGACCGAAACGUCUUUCUUUUUUUACUCAGCGACAAUUAAUCUCGCGUAUAUUACUUACGAAAGAAAAAAAAAAUGAGAGAUUAGAGCGUAUUGUGGUAUCGUUUCCUAGUCCAGACAGAGAUAAAAAAAAAACAUUUUUAUUCACUGCGAAGAAAAAAAAAAAGAAACCGUUUGUAAAUAUUCGUACGGACCAUCCGACAGAUCUAGUUGCCAAAGAAUUAGGAGAUAAAUAAAUUUUAAGACGUUAGGCGUAAAACUCGAAUUCGGAUAGGAGGAGGGGAAUAUAAAUCGACACGUUUUUUUUUUUAAAAAGGCGCUAUUUUUUCUUUUAUCACACAGUGUGCGUGCGGUUUUUUUUUUUAAAUUUAUGUUCUCUCUAAAAUCGCUAAUUAUUUUUCUACAAAAUUUCUAAAUUUUUUCCCAUACAAUUCGAAAUUUUUAUUUUUAUCUUCUUCAUACUUUUCCUAUCCAAUUGAAUUUUUUUUUACGUCAAAGUUAUUUUACAAAAAUUCAUAAAGGUAUUAAAUUAAAUUUUUUUUUAAUUGAAUCGUAUUUAUUUUCUAUAAGUAGGAUUGUUUUUAUUUUCGAUAAUAUUUUGUUUUUGUUUGGAAAAAACAAACAAAAAAAAAAAACGUUGUUUGAUCAAUGCUAAUUUUUUUAAAAUCGCGUUUUCUUACAACGAGAAAUCAAAGGCUCGUGUUUUUUAAUCCUCGUGGUACACAUAAAUGUGUGACUCACAUAUUUUUCAUUCGCUUUUUUUUUAAUACCAUUGAUCAUUCCUGUUUUUUCUUUUAUUGAAAAACGAAAAGUUUUAUAUAUAAUGAAUUCUUUGUAUUCACGUUACAAAGUAAAUUGAAUUCUCUGUAUUAUUUAUUUACAAAUAGUAAAAAACAAUUGUUUGUAAAUUAAAUCAAACAAAAUGGGGUAAUUUAAAAAUUGUAAAUGAAAAAAUUUUUUUUUUUUUUUGAUAAAUUAUCAAUAUUUUUUGGUACUUCGUGACAUUCUUGAAUAAAUUAAGUAUUUUUUUUUACUUAUGAAUAACGUAAAUUUUUAUUUCAUUUUUGUAUUUUUUAUCAUUAUGUUCUGUCUUGUGUGGAUUCGAUGAAAAAUCCGAUUCAGAUCGUCAAGAAUUUUUAAAAUAAUAAUAAUAGUAAUAUUACAUAUCUCAAAACAUUCCGAAAAAAAGUCUUCACAUUUUGAUCCACAUUUUUUAUACCUAUCAAUCAUUUUGCAUUUAAAAAUUAAUAAUUCUUGAAAAAAUCACAAAGAAUUGCGUUUUAAUGUCUGUAAUGUUUUUUUUUUUUUUUUUUUUUAAUGCCACUGUUAAUUUUUAUCCGGAUUUACAGUACGAUUACAAUUAAGAAAAAAAGUUUUAAAAAAAUUUUUCAAUCAUUCUGUGGAGAAUAAACAAUAUUUUGUAAUUGUUACUUCCAAACGUUUAAUCACCUGAAUUUUACGGUGAGAGUAAAAUUAUAAUGGUUAUUAGUUAAUUGAGACUAAUAAUAAUAAUUGACGAUUAAAUAUCUUAAUAUUUAAUUGAAUUUCUCUAAAUUAAAGAUUUAGAGAAACUGAUUUUCUAUAAUAUACUCGAUCGAAAUAUUUAAUUUUAACUGCGUACGUGUAUAUUUCAUAAACUCGAAACAAGAACCAAUUUUUCUCCACAAAACUCUGCAAUUUUUUCAUAUAAUUAUCACGAUAAAUUUUCAUUUUCUACUUUUUUAUAGUCUAUAUUAUAAAUCCGCUAACUUUUAAGAUUGCUCACCUGCGACAAGUUUUCAACAAAUGUUAAUGCUGUUUCAAAAGAAAAAAUUUUUUUAAAUUAAUUUGUGUAAAAGAAUUUUUUUAAAAAAUAAUUUAUAGUAUCAAUUUUAUUUUUCUAAAUCAGUGAAAGUGAAUUUUAAGACAUUAAAAUUUGUAAAUGAAAUAAAAAGUUUCAAUUUUUUUUUUUUUUCGAAAACAAUUUUUUAUCAGCAUUAAUUUUUGUACAAAGCUUGUUGCAUUAAAAUAUCUUGGCACAAAAAAUCUUUCACGAUUGUGCAAUUAAAAUUUUUCUAUACUCCGCUUAUUAACAAAUUGAUAAAUUAAUUUCCCCCCCCCCACAAAAAAACAGAAUACGAUAAUCGAUUAAUUUUCUGCGUGUUUAAAUCGCGCGUUGACUGUCCACUGUGGAACCACUAAAACAAUCUGCAUUUUUUUAUAAUAAAAAAAAAAAAAUUAAUGUAUGGUGAUAUUCAUAUAAUGCGUUUUGAAAGAAAAACAAAACUGUGUGUGAGAAUAUAUAUGUUUUAAAUUUAAAAAACAAACUGCGAAUACUCUCUAACAAUUUUUAAAUUUAUUAUUAUUAUUAUUAUUAUAAUCGAAAAUUCAUUUCUUGUCAUUAGUCAAAGAACUUUGUAAUCAUUUGUCUUCUCGUCCUGUCAUCUGAUGACAAGAGUAAACCGCUCAAAAUAAUAAUAAAGAAAAAAAAAUGACAAAAAAAAGGAAAAUAUUAAACUGUCCGCGACUAUAAAAGCCUUUAAUUUCGAAUUGUUGGCGAUUCGUCGAUUUUUCCAUUAUGUCGAGUAACUAAACAAGACAACGAACCAGCAAAUUAUUCCAGUAAAAAAUUAAAAAAAAAAAAAAAAAAAAAACACCUGGGCAUGAAUUUUUUUUUAAUUCUUUUUUUAGUAACUCAUAGAAAAUAAUUUGUGCCCAAAUUUUAAGGUGUUCUUUAAAGACUGAAUUUUUCAUUUUCGCUAUUUAACGACGAUUUAAAAGAUAAGGAGAUGCAAGGAAUGACACGUUUUUUGAAAUGAUAAAAAAAAAUAUUUAUCCCAGUAGUUAUCGAAUUUUGUAAUUUUUACCAGAAAUCGUCCAAAAAUGAAAAAGAAAACUUAUUCAAAAAAUGUUUUUCUUUCCUUUUUUAAAAAAAAGAAAGAAAAAUUGAUAAUUUUUGUUUUGGGGACAAAAUUUCUGAAAAAAAUAGAAAUUCGCGAAUGGUUGCUAAUCGGGAGCAAUUUUUAUUAAAAAUUUAAAUUGUUCCCGAGAGCCGUGCACACAAAGAAGCCGUCCGAGAUUGAACGAAUAGCAUUUAUAAAAAAUAGGUGAGGAACACAAAAUCUAAAAAAAAAAAUCUAUUCAAUCGUCGUCAGAAUGCUUCCCAUAAAUUAUUGCAGCGAUCAAAGAAGAAAAAAUAAGAGCAACUAUAGUAAAAAUAAAUUUAAAAAAAAAAAAAAAUUAAAUGUGAAAUAAUAAUCAACGAGAUUGUAAAGAAAAAUUUGACUAAAAAAUAUGUAACAAAAAAAAAUAAUAGUUUAGCGACGCUGCAUAUAUGAUCCGAUAAACCAAUCAAUCCCUCCUUUUGCAUCCGACGUGUGUAAUAUAUCUUUGUGUAAUAUUUGUUAUGACCCGCAUAAUUAAAUUAAUAACGAUAAUGUUUAAGAGAAUUAAAAAAAAAAGAACGACUAACGAUUUAUACAUAUACGUGUAUAUCACAUAAUGUCUAUAGCUAUGUAAAUUCGAAAAUAAGUUAUAUCUUUAUCUAGAUUAUAUAUAUAUAAAUAUAUAUAUAUAUAUGUAGCUUCCAGGGAAAUGAAUUUCAUGCUGAAACAAUCUUUCAAUGAAAAAUUCUCAUAUGAUGAGAAUGUAAAAAAAAAAAUUAUAAUUUAAAAAAAAAUUUAACAAAAAGUUAAAAAUAUUCCAUAAAAAUUCUGCACGAAUUGUAGUAUUAAAUUUCAGAUGUACAGAGAAACUUAUAAAUGUAAUAUAUGUAUGAAGUUUAAUACUUUGACGAACGUUGUAGAAAAUAGAAAACAUUUUUUUUUUUAAUUUAUUUUGUUUUAAUAGCAAAAGUACCUUCAGUUUUGGCAAAAAUUCUUUUCCUUGGCGCGCAAAUGUUGUACACAGACUAUGUAUCAUUCAAUGAACAAAUCGAUGUUUUCAAUGAAAUGAUGAUGUUAGAAAUUUAAUAAAAUGCGACUGUCUCUGGAAAAUAAUUACAAAAAAUAAAAAAAAGUAAAGAUUUUUGAGCCUGAACGAGAGAUGAAACGUCAAAUUUUCAGUUAAAAAUUUUUUUUUUUGCUCUGUCAUCGAAUUUUUCAUUUAAUUUUUUAGAGUUAAUUAAUCAAAUUUAACAAUUCAGAACAAUUAGUUUUCUACAAAUGAAAUUUAAAAAAGUUCAAUAAUCAAUUAAAUUUAAUAUAAAAUUGAAUUAAAUCUCUCUUUCGAGGUGAAAUUUUUUGUAAUUAUUGCGAGAAAAUAAUAAGCAAAAAAAAAAAAAAAAAAAUUAUAAAAUGUAUGAGUAAAUUUUGGAAAAUGGCAAACGAGCGCAAUGUACGGUAAACCGUAGUCUGUAGAAAACGCACUGCGCAGUAAACUUUGUAGUAUCUCGAAUUAUUAAUGCAAAAAGGCAGGCACUUUAGAUUCUAGUCAAGUAUACUUUUUGCGAGAUGACGCACAUGAAUGUUCUUUUUUUUUUUUUAAUUGUCAUUUUGUUGCACCGAAGUUGAACGAUCGAUUUAUUAACAAGACAGUCGGUUAUAAUAGAUUUAUUAUAUAUAUAAAUAUAUAUAUAAAAAAAACGUGGCGAUUUCGCGACAAAAAAUUCAAAACUAAUUGUACACAAUCCCACGAAGAGAAGUGAAUCCUUAUAUUUUACCUUCAUUUACUUCUAGAAAAAUUUUUUCUCGCCACAGAAAAGAAAAAAUCCUUCAUAUUUUUAAGUAUCCACAACUUUGGCUAAAAAUAAAAUUACGAAUAGGUGAACAUUUUUUUUUUAUAAUUCAAAUUAAAAACAAAAUAUAUUAGAAAUAAAGGAGAAAAAUUAGAAUUUCUAUUUUUGGCGAAAGUUGUUAAAAUUUGUCGAUAUUAAAUUUGAGAGAAUGAAUUUCAGAAUUGAGAGUGAUUGUUUGUUAAGUUUAAAAUUUUUGAAUAUGCGAAUGGAUUAAUACUUUUCUUCGUGUAUAAUGAAAUAAAAUCAAACACAAUUUUUACCGCUGUAGUCGCAUCAUUUCAUCGAGACGAAAAAUUUUCAAAUAAGUUCGAUGACAAAACAAAACAAAAAAAAAAGAAUCACCAUCGCAAUAAUGGUUGAAUGUGACACGUUUAUUUUCCAGAAUAAAACAAAUUUUCUGGGGAAAAUAAAGUAAAAAGAUAUAUAGUUGUGAAA